AUGUAUAACUCGCACCUCAAGUCGCUGACGUUCAACUCAAAGCCAAUCAUCACCAAUCUCACCGUUAUUGCACACGAUCAUGCUGCUCGCAUGUCGGCCGUUGUGGCCAAAUGCCUAGAUGAUCACAUUAUGCAAUCGCACCCCAGCAUCCGCUUGCCUGCUCUUUACACGCUUGACUCGAUCUCCAAGAACGUCGGCCACCCUUACACACAGCUCUGGUCGGCGCGCAUCGUUCCCAUCUUUCUCGAAUCGUAUCGCCUGGUGGACCAACCGACAAAGUUGCGCAUGGAAGAGCUCUUGGCUACGUGGAAGACGGCUGGUCCCGGUGCGCGUCCUUUGUUUGGCGACAAUGCACAGUGGAGCAUCGAACGCGCACUGUUUGGUAGCCAAGGCAUGCCUCAACCCAAUGCAGCUCCCUCCACGGCGGCUGUCGCCGAUCCGCGCGCCAAUGCUGCUCGGUCCAAGUCUAAGGCCGUCGAAACCAUCGACAGGUUGCUUGCGGUAGAUGGUCAGUCGCUGGCUGCCAACCCCUCCGAUCAGGCUCUGCACGAACGAGUUGACUCGCUUGCUCAGCUCAAGCAAGUCAUCCUCACCGCCGAUUUGUCCGCAGACGAGAUGGCUCAAAUCCACGCUCAGCUUGAUAGUCUUUCGGCUGCUGCGCAACGAUCCAAUCCCAUGGGACACGCAGCUGCGAUGCACGGCCAGCCGCUUCCUCCAGCCCCAGCAGCCCCUGCCCCAGCCCCUGCCCCAGCCCCAGCCCCAGCCCCAGCCCCAGCCCCAGCACCAGUACCACUCAUCCCGCAAGACCUUUCAGGGGCACUUGCCACGUUGACUGCAGCUGCGCCCAUGCCACCUGCUGCACAAGCACCGCCCACCCACAACGCAGCUGCGUCCCUGUUUGCGUCACUGAUGCAAGCCGGCCUUCUGCCUGGUUCAUCUACCACCACUUCGGCAGCCGCUACUCCGCCACCCGCUGUCGAGCGAGACCAGGACGAAGACUACGUGGCUGCCAUCCUCGCGCUCGAUAUCAAAACAUCUGGACAAGAAUUCAACCGCGAACCAGCUUCGUCGUACGAACUGAUUCUACACAGGCAUCUGCCUUUGCAAUGUCGACAAUGCGCCAAUCGCUACCCGACGGGCAGCAAAGGCCAAGGGCGAAUGGACGACCAUCUUGACUGGCAUUUCACCCAAAAUCGACGAGCCAAAGACUCUGCCGCGCGUGGGCAAUCGCGCUCCUGGUUCGACCGCCUCGAGAGCUUCAUCCGCGGAGGCUUUGACGAUACGGCGCCUGCGAGCAAACCCACUUCGAGUAACGCAGCUGACCGCGACGGCAGAUCAUUCACCGCAGCACAGGACAAGGCACUGAAAGAAACAUUCUUGAAAACCUUUGUCAUUGCACCCACCGAUGCAGAGGUGGCAGCCAAACCAUGCGGCAUAUGUAAGGAACCGUUUAAAUCACAAUGGAGUGAGGACGAGGAAGAAUUUGUCUGGUUGAACGCUAUCAAGGUGGAAGAUGCCUCUGGGGUUGUGUAUUACCAUGCUAGCUGUCAUUUUUCGGCCAAGAGUUUGACGGAUAGCUUUGCUGGUGAUGGAGGCAGGAGGACGGCUAGCGUGGGUGUGAAGAGGAGGAGUGCGAGUAGGACGGCAACUCCGUCUGUGCCAGCGGGGGGCGCAAAGAAGAGAAAGAGUGGGAUCGCGGAGGAGGACGAGCAGGAGAGUGAGCAAGUGGGCGCCGAGGGUGGUCCACCAAAUAAAAAAAGUGCCACAUAG